GCAGAAGAAGAAGGAGGAGGCGGAAAGAGACGCUGACGAGACGAAGCAAAGCAAAGCAAAGCAAAGCAAACGCAGUCGCGUGACCGCAGAGCCUAAUGCCGCCGCCGCCGCUGUUGUGUUUCUCCCAUUAUGGCGGAGUGGCCAGCAGCGCGGAUGGGUAGUGCCUCCCAUUCGGAUGUUUUUUCUUGAAAGCCUUUCAUACUCCUUAAAGUGGCUUUUCCCGCAUCGACCCUACGUCCCCUCCUCUCGUGUGAUUUUCGGCAAAGUCAUGGCAGACUGCGGCGUGGAUUUAUACGCCCUGCCGAAGGAGGUUCGAGACCAAUUGGCGGAGUUGGACUUGGAACUGUCCGAAGGUGACAUCACACAGAAAGGUUUUGAGAAGAAGAGAGCCAAGCUGCUGGCUUCCUAUUUGCCAAAUGCGGAUGUGACUCUGCCAGAUGUGCAGCUUUCUGGGGGCCACAGUGGUGAGCCCACGACUAGUCCUGAGGCCUCGGGCCCCUCCACAUCUUCAGCCUCCAAACACCAUCGUACACACCGAAGUGGAGGGGCCAGAGAUGAACGGUAUAGAUCAGACAUUCACACAGAAGCUGUGCAGGCAGCACUAGCCAAACACAAAGAGGAGAAGAUGGCCCUACCCAUGCCAACCAAGCGACGCUCAGCUUUGGUCCAGUCUCCUGGUGAUGCUUGCACACCUCCAGACACAUCUUCUGCAUCAGAGGAUGAGGGCUCACUGCGCAGAAAGGCUGCCUUCAGUGUGGCGCUGGCCCAGGGGCUGCAAAGUCCUGAUUACUGGAUCAACCAUUCCGUCCAAAGCUCCUCCACUUCCUCAUCGGCGUCCUCUACACUGUCCCACGGAGAGCCGAAAAGCCAGCCCCAGCCUCAGCCCGCUGCUUCAGUGCUGGCCGAUGUACUAGCCCACAUGCACAUUGAGAACAGUGUUUCUCCAGAUGUGACAUCAUCUGCCACUGCCCAGGACAGAGGCUCGAGAAUGGACCUGCCUCCAGCUGUCAGGGGCAUGAGCCGUGGACAGAGCCGUUCUAGCAUGCUUGAUACUGCUGAUGGAAAGCGAAAAGGUGUGCCUGUCAACAGCAGAGUGUCCACUAAGAUUCAGCAGUUGCUAAACACGCUCAAACGGCCUAAAAGACCACCACUCAGCGAAUUCUUCCUCGACGACUCUGAGGAAAUAGUUGAAGUUCCCCAGCUAGACCCCAAUACCCCAAAGCCAGAGGGUCGUCAAAUCAUCCCAGUAAAGGGGGAGCCCCUCGGUGUUGUCAGUAAUUGGCCUCCUGCCCUGCAAGCAGCUCUAGCCCGCUGGGGGGCCACCCAGGCCAAGAGCCCCGCACUCACGGUGCUAGACAUCACUGGAAAACCCCUCUACACUCUCACAUAUGGCAAACUGUGGAGUCGCAGUCUGAAACUGGCUUACACGCUGCUUAAUAAACUGGGCACAAAGACGGAACCUGUGUUACAACCUGGAGAUAGAGUCGCACUGGUUUACCCAAACAGUGACCCCAGUAUGUUCUGGGUUGCAUUCUAUGGCUGUUUGUUGGCUGAGGUCAUCCCUGUGCCUAUUGAAGUACCACUUUCAAAACAAGAUGCAGGCAGCCAGCAGAUUGGUUUCCUCUUGGGCAGCUGUGGCGUCAGUCUGGCACUGACCAGUGAAGUGUGUCUCAAAGGGCUGCCCAAGACACAAAAUGGAGAAAUCAUCCAAUUCAAAGGAUGGCCCAGAAUGAAAUGGGUGGUGACAGACACCAAGUACCUGACCAAACCUUCCAAAGACUGGCAGCCUCAUAUUCCCACCGCCAACACAGACACCGCCUACAUCGAGUACAAAGCCAGUAAGGAGGGGACCGUGAUGGGUGUGGCUGUGUCCAAGAUCUCCAUGCUGACUCACUGUCAAGCCCUGACACAGGCCUGUAACUACUGUGAAGGUGAGACUUUGGUCAAUGUGUUGGACUGCAAAAAGGAUAUGGGCUUGUGGCAUGGCAUCUUAACGAGUGUCAUGAAUAGAAUUCAUACUAUUACUGUGCCGUAUUCCGUCAUGAAAGCCUGUCCCAUGUCCUGGGUGCAGAGGGUGCACAUUCACAAAGCACGUGUGGCCUUGGUUAAGUGCCGUGACCUUCACUGGGCAAUGAUGGCCCAUAAAGAUCAGAAGGACACCAACCUGUCCUCCAUACGAAUGCUUAUAGUGGCUGAUGGAGCAAACCCAUGGUCAGUGUCAUCAUGUGAUGCCUUCCUGAAUGUGUUCCAGUCUCACGGUCUAAAGCCUGAGGUCAUCUGUCCUUGUGCCACCUCGCCAGAAGCCUUGACGGUGGCCAUUCGCAGACCCGGGGCGCGAGGAGCUCCUCUACCAGCCAGAGCUAUCCUCUCCAUGGGCGGGCUGAGCCACGGUGUGAUCAGAGUGAACACAGAGGACAAGAAUUCGGCUCUCACUGUCCAAGACGUCGGACACAUUAUGCCUGGAGCUCUGAUGUGCAUCGUGAAACCAGAUGGCUCGCCUCAGCUGUGCAAAACAGACGAGAUAGGAGAGAUUGUUAUCAGCUCCCGAGCGGGGGGCACUAUGUACUACGGUCUUCCUGGGGUCACCAAGAACACUUUUGAGGUGAUCCCUGUCAACCAAUCUGGAGCACCUUUAGGAGAAGUUCCCUUUACCAGAACUGGUUUGCUUGGAUUUGUUGGCCCAGGCAGCCUGGUAUUUGUUGUGGGCAAAAUUGAAGGGUUACUAAUGGUGAGCAGGCGACGCCACAAUGCUGACGACUUGGUGGCAACCGCUCUUGCCGUCGAGCCUGUCAAAACAGUUUACAGGGGGAGGAUCGCUGUGUUUUCAGUGACUGUUUUUUAUGAUGAGAGAAUUGUGAUCGUGGCAGAGCAACGGCCAGAUGCCAGUGAGGAGGACAGCUUCCAGUGGAUGAGUCGAGUUCUGCAGGCCAUUGACAGUAUCCACCAGGUGGGUUUAUACUGCCUUGCACUGGUGCCUGCCAACACCCUCCCAAAGACGCCUCUCGGUGGCAUCCACAUCUGCGAAACCAAGCAGAACUUUCUAGAGGGAAACCUACACCCUUGCAACAUCCUCAUGUGCCCACACACCUGCGUCACCAACAUGCCCAAACCACGGCAGAAACAGCCUGUAGACGUUGGUCCAGCGUCUAUGCUAGUGGGCAAUCUAGUGGCGGGAAAACGUAUUGCACAGGCUACAGGCAGAGAACUGGGUGUGUUAGAGGACCAGGAUCUGAUUCGUAAGCACCAGUUCUUAUCUGACGCACUCCAAUCAAGAGCCCAGACCGACCCGGACCAUAUUCUCUAUGUCCUACUGAAUGCAAAGGGCGUAGCAGUGUGCACGGCCACGUGUGCUCAGCUGCACAAGCGGGCAGAGAAAAUCACAGCCACCCUAAUCGAGCGAGGAGGCCUCAACACCGGCGACAAUGUGGUGCUGCUUUAUCCCCCAGGCAUUGACCUGAUAGCUGCCUUCUAUGGCUGCCUUUAUGCCGGCGUCAUCCCUGUGACUGUGAGGCCGCCCCACCCACAGAAUCUGGCCGCGACUCUCCCCACUGUUCGCAUGAUCAUUGACGUGAGCAAAGCAGCCUGCAUCCUCACCACUCAGCCGCUCAUGAGGAUCCUAAGGUCCCGGGAAGCUGCCGCCAGUGUCAAUGUCAAAACAUGGCCCAUCAUCAUCGACACAGAUGACCUACCCAGAAAGCGGCCACCACAGAUCUACAAGCCCCCAACAGCCGAGAUGUUGGCUUACCUGGACUUCAGUGUGUCUACCACAGGCAUGUUAACUGGAGUAAAGAUGUCUCAUGCUGCAGUCAGCACUCUGUGUCGUUCCAUCAAGUUGCAGUGUGAACUCUACUCCUCACGCCAAAUAGCCAUCUGCCUGGACCCAUACUGCGGCCUAGGCUUUGUCCUGUGGUGCCUCUCCAGUGUUUACUCAGGUCAUCAGUCAAUCCUCAUCCCUCCCCUGGAGCUGGAGAGCUCACUUCCUCUGUGGCUGAGCACCCUCAGUCAGUACAAGAUCCGAGACACCUUCUGCUCCUACUCAGUUAUGGAGCUUUGCACCAAAGGCCUUGGAACCCAGACAGAGCUGCUGAAGGCACGUGGUGUAAAUCUGUCGUGCGUGCGCAGCUGCGUGGUGAUAGCCGAGGAGAGGCCCAGACUUACCCUCACGCAGUCUUUCUCCAAGCUUUUCAAGGAUGUCGGUCUGUCGUCGCGAGCCGUCAGCACCGCUUUUGGCUCCAGGGUCAACCUGGCCAUCUGUAUGCAGGGCACAGCUGGACCAGACCCCUCCACUGUCUACGUUGACAUGAAGUCGUUACGCCAUGACAGGGUGAGGCUGGUGGAGCGUGGAGCACCUCAGAGUCUUCCACUCAUGGAGUCAGGCACUAUUUUAGCGGGGGUGCGAGUCAUCAUCGUCAACCCAGAGACACGAGGACCGCUGGGAGACUCCCAUCUUGGUGAGAUCUGGGUCAACAGUCUCCACAGUGCGAGUGGCUACUACACUAUCUAUGGCGAGGAGAGCCUGCAGGCGGAUCACUUUAACACCAAACUCAGCUUUGGGGAUCCCAACACGCUGUGGGCUAGAACAGGGUACCUGGGCUUCAUUAAGAGAACCGAGCUACUGGAUGCUAGUGGAGAUCGCCAUGAUGCCUUAUUUGUAGUGGGGUCCCUGGAUGAGACGCUGGAACUAAGGGGCUUACGUUACCACCCCAUCGACAUUGAGACGUCCGUAUCUCGAGCUCACCGCAGCAUUGCAGAGAGUGCCGUGUUCACGUGGACUAACCUACUGGUGGUGGUGGCCGAGCUGAGCGGCUCCGAGCAGGAGGCAUUGGACCUGGUUCCCCUUGUCACCAACGUGGUUCUUGAAGAGCACCACCUUAUUGUGGGCGUAGUGGUCAUCGUGGACCCGGGCGUGAUCCCCAUCAACUCCAGAGGGGAGAAGCAGCGCAUGCACCUGCGCGACUCCUUCCUGGCCGACCAGCUUGACCCCAUCUAUGUGGCCUACAACAUGUGAUCUGAGAGAGAGGAACAUUACGAGAAAUCAAACCGGGCUUCCUUUGUCUCCCUCAUUAGUCAUCUUUUCAAACUAAACUGUUUAAUUGCUCGUAUUCUUCCAUCUAUUCAUUGCUCUCCAUGUAAACAGUUCAUCAACACAUUUAUUUUCUUUAUCGUUAUUCCCCCUACACCCUCAUAAAAGACCCUCACUUCUCAGUAGCAGGGAGGCGCAGCGAUUGAAACUACAGAGAAGAGGUGGAACUUUCCUCCUUCCCCUUGCACUUUAAGUCCUCGCACCUCCGAGUCCACCUCCUGUCUGGCCAGAAGGGGACACGCACAUUGUUUGCUUUCCCAGGGGCAAAACCUCCACUUCAGUAUUAACACGUGCCGCCAGCUGGGGGGGGUCCUGAUAUGUGCACAGUGGCAUUGCAUCGUACAAAAUGUUCUGAAAAUACACUGAGGCUGAGGUCCAAUUGCUUUAUGACCGUUUACCUGCUGAAAACUGAAUUUUCUUUUGCUGCAACCUGCGGGUAAUAGCCAACACGAUGUUGAAUAUAUAAUUGAGCAGGGUUUUCAAUUGACAGCACAAAUUGGGUGAAUUUCUGCACAAAUCUUGCACAAAGGAGCCUUUAGCUGAACAGCCCACUGCAUGGUAAGGCCAUGUUCACACCCAUGCGGAUAUUUACAAAAAUAUAUGCCUUUCAAGUAGACAUAUUUUGCAUUCCCCCCAAUUCAAAGCGAUUCCUAGGUGUCUCAAUAACAUGCCAGUAACAUGUUUUCAUCAAAAUAACCAAAGCAUAAAAACUUGCAUCACAUUUUACCCACUGUAAUUUUCCCUUGUUCAUAUUAACCUGUUUUCAAGGUGCAGUCUUGUCUCAUGUAAGUGAGCCACUGUU